AGGAAUCUCCUCCUUCUCUUCUGAGAUAGCGCCAGACGCUGAACCAACCGACGACAUGGUCAACUCCUGCUGUGGAUCCGUCUGCUCUGCCUUGAGCUGCAGAAGAGGCUGCUGCCAAGAGACCUGCUGCCAGCCCAGCUGCUGCCUCAGUCCUUGCUGCCCCCCGACUUGCUGCCAGACCACUUGCUGCAAGACCACCUGCUGCCGCCCAACGUGCUGUGUGACCAGCUGUUGUCGCCCGACCUGCUGCAGGCCCACUUGCUGCCAGUCGGUCUGCUGCCAGCCCACUUGCUGCCGCCCAGCCUGCUGCGUGUCCACCUGCUGCAGGCCCUGCUGCCCCCGUCCUUGCUGUGCUUCCAGCUGCUGUCAACCCUGCUGCCGCCCAGCCUGUUGCGUGACUAGCUGCUGCCAGCCUUGCUGCCGCCCAUUGUGUUGCCAAACCACUUGCUGCCGGACAACUUGCUGCCGCCCGACCUGUUGUGUGCCCAGCUGCUGCCAGCCUUGCUGCAGCCCACCUUGCUGCCAAACCACUUGCUGCAGGACUAGCUGCUGCCGCCCUACUUGCGGUUCAUCAGCUUGCUACUGA